AUGGUCUACAACCUCACCUACCGUCGCCCUCAGAGGCAUUCCGAGUCAUCCAGCGAGUCAGUCAGUGGCGAACACAAGCAGCUGUCUAUUCACGAGUCUGUCCGCUCCGGCAGCAGUGGCAUGUCCCAUGGCAUUCCUGAGGCAUUGUCGUUCGACCGCAUCAUUGCCGGUGGUGUCUGUCCUCCCUGCACAGUCCGUGACUUCAUGAACUUUUUGAAGUACAUCGAGCUGUCAGCUGAGAAUCUGCAAUUCUUCCUCUGGUAUCGCGACUACAGCAAGCGCUUCCACGAGCUGCCUGAGAGCGAGAAGCUCCUGUCGCCUGAGUGGGCCGGCAGCCAGACUAAUGUCGAGGCGCCCAAGCUCACCAGAAAGAACCCAGAUGUGGCCGCUAUUCUGGAGGGCACCGAUUUUGCCAGCGAGAAGACUGGCAAGCGCAGCGACAAGAGCAACGCUAAUAACCCAUUCUUCACACCACCGCACACGCCAACAAGUGAUUCGCACCGCCGGGAUGAGUCGCUCGAUUCGUAUGAUGAGAGCAUGACUACCGGCAAAGUGAACCACUCUGAACGUGCUGCAGGUGCGUUUGAAAAUGCGGGGCUGAAGUGGAAGCCACGACCAAAAUGCUCAUACACAACAGUCACCGUCCAGCCCUAUCGCGAGGAGGUUAACCGUAUCAUCUCGAUCUACAUCGCUGACGGCGGCUCCCGCCAGCUCAACCUUUCUUCGAAGGAGCGCACCGCUUUACUGCACGCUCUGCAGAACACUACUCACCCAUCUGCGUUCAAGGAAGUGAUCACCACAGUGGAAUGGUCGCUCCGCUGCCAGGCUCACCCCAACUUCAUUCGCUGGACAAUUUGCAACGGCAACCGCCCUCGUGUCAUCUUUGCGCGCGGACUGGGUAUUGGCGGCAUUGUCGCUGGUCUUCUCACGUGUAUCAUCCUCACUCUAAGCAGCGCAGGUCGUGCUUGGAGGGUCAUGGGUCUCUUCGGAUUCAUCAUCGGCAUAUCCACCCUUAUCGCUGCCUGGAAGGGUAUGUGUGUCGUCCUUCACGGCAUGCACCACCGCCACUUGCGACCAUGGGAGCUGUUCAGCUCAGAUGACGAGCCACAAGGUUACGACGCUAAGAUCGACUCCAAUGACACACUCGGCUCGCACGCAUCCAGUAACUCGUGGGAGGACGAGCCGUGGAUCGCCAAGUACGAGAGGCGCAAUGUUGUGCGCAAGAUCUUCGACCGCGAGGUCUGGAUCCAGGAGCCUGCACUUCGCCAGAUCCAAGACACCAUCUUCAUCCAGGCGAUCCUCGGUUCGCUCAUCAUUGGCGGUGUCGCAGUCGGCAUUUUCUGCGCCAUCCCUGCUGGCAACUACUUCUAA